AUGUCUAACACUAUAUUUGCACUAUCCACUAUAUUUGGCAAAUCUGGAGUUGCAGUUAUAAGAAUCUCAGGUCCAGAUGCGAAACUAACAUAUAGCAAGUUAGGAGGGAAGGAAGAACUCAUUAAUCGAAGAGCAAUGUUGAGUCGCUUGUUCUCACAAGCCGGCGAAGAUGUUCUAGAACUCCAUGUGUAUGGCAGCAUCGCAGUUAUCAAUGACUUGAUGCAAGAGUUACAUAAACUAGAUUUUCUACGCCUUGCAGAACCUGAAGAAUUCAUUAAGAGAGCAUUUUACAACUCUAAAUUCGACCUUACAAAAGCAGAAGCACUAGCAGAUCUGUUAGAUGCACAAACAGAACUACAAAAAUCCGUUGCAAUACGCAACCUCUCUGGAGAACUUGAAAAUUUAUAUGAUUCAUUGAGAUCAUCACUAAUUGAUAUUGUUACCGACUCAGUCCGGCGUCCACUUGAUAGGGAGUUGGAGGCGCUAUGUGGCGCGCAGAUAGGCAAUAUACUAGUUACUUUAGAAGAAUUAAUAGACUUUCCUGAAGAUGAUAUUCCAGAUAAAUUGCUGGAUAAUGUUAAUUCUGAGAUCUCAAGAUUAAGAUCAGAGAUUACAAGGUACAUAAAGAUAAACCAGAAUAACACAUCGCUAAAUGAUGGAGUUAGAGUCACAAUAAUUGGACCGCCUAACGCUGGCAAAUCAACUCUACUCAAUAUUUUUUCUCAAAGAAACGCUGCGAUUGUAUCUGACAUAGCAGGAACCACACGUGAUAUUAUAGAAAGCAAAGUUGAUAUAGGAGGCUUUCCAGUCGUCUUCGCAGAUAUGGCAGGAGUCAGGGAAACUGUAGAUCCUGUAGAACAAGAAGGAAUAAAAAGAGCAAAAAAAUCAUUAUUGAAUUCAGAUGUAGCAAUUUUUGUAUUUGAUGUAAGUAGUGAAUCUGAUGUAUCAUACUCGAAAGAACUAAUCAUAGAUUUUUUGACAUCAAGAGAUGAUAUCUCAAGUUCUAUAAUUUGCUUUUUAAACAAGUCAGAUCUAAAAUCAGAAACACAAGAAAUUAAAAACGCGAUCUUGAAUCUUGGGAUUCCAGAAUGCACUCUCUAUUAUGCCGAUCUCACUAAUAGAAACUCAUUCUCUUUAGAAAAACACUUGGAAAUUGCAGCCCAAGACGUAAGAUCAUCUGCAGAUGCACUUGGCAAAUUAACAGGAAAAGUUAAUGUAGAAGAGGUGUUGGAUCGCAUUUUUAGUAACUUUUGCAUAGGAAAAUAA